AUUAAGAGAUAUCAUUCCGUCCCCCCCCGAAAGGCCGCCCUCCGCGCCAGAGAAAGGGAGAGGAAGUGAUGGAAGGGAUCACUCAUCGGACGGUGGCGGUGAACGGGAUCAACAUGCACAUAGCGGAGAAGGGGGAGGGCCCGAUGGUGCUCUUCGUCCACGGCUUCCCGGAGCUCUGGUACUCGUGGCGGCACCAGAUGGUCGCCCUCGCCGGCCGCGGCUACCGUGCCGUCGCCCCCGACCUCCGCGGCUACGGCGACACCGACGCCCCGCCCUCCGCCACCGACUACACCAUCUUCCACCUCGUUGGCGAUCUCGUCGCCCUCCUCGACGCCCUCGCCCUAGACCAGGUGUUUGUGGUGGGGCAUGACUGGGGGGCGGUGGUGGCGUGGUGGCUCUGCAUGCUGCGGCCGGACAGGGUGCGGGCGCUGGUCAACAUGAGCGUCGCCUUCAGCCCCCGGAAUCCGGCUCGUCGGCCUGUCGACUCGCUCAGAGCUUUAUUUGGAGACGACCACUACAUCUGCCGCUUCCAGGAACCUGGAGCAGUAGAAGCUGAAUUUGCUCGUAUUAGUACUGCAUUGCUACUUAAGAAGUUCUUAGCAUAUCGCAAGCCAGAAGCACUCCUUGUUUCUAAGGAAAAAGGAUUUGGAGGUUCCCCUGAUACUGAAAUCACCUUGCCUUCAUGGUUGACAGAAGAAGAUGUAAACUAUUACACUAGCAAAUUUGAGAAGUCAGGAUUUACUGGAGGAUUAAACUACUAUCGGUGUCUGAACUUGAACUGGGAGCUCACAGCACCUUGGACUGGUGUCCAAAUAAAAGUACCUGUGAAGUUUAUUGUGGGGGACCUGGACCUAACGUACCAUACCCCGGGGAUCCAAGACUAUUUACACAAGGGAGGUUUCAAAAGAGAUGUUCCAUUUCUUCAUGAUGUUGUUGUGAUGCAAGGAGUGGGCCAUUUCCUCAACCAGGAAAAGCCACAUGAGAUCUCUGAUCAUAUAUAUGAGUUCAUUCAAAAGUUCUGAUGUUCAAAGGCCACGCUUGUUGUCCUGUGUUUUGCUUGAAUCAAAUUUGUGGAACCUGAAAGUUAUUUGGCCUAAUUGGUUCUGUAAUUGUGGCUUACUUUUAUGUUCCAAUUUGGUACUCAAUCCGACGUGCAUGGAGUUUACCGAGAUC